AUGGUCAAUGAAAACACGAGGAUGUACAUCCCAGAGGAAAACCACCAAGGUUCCAACUAUGGGAGCCCGCGCCCAGCUCAUGCCAACAUGAAUGCCAACGCAGCAGCAGGGCUUGCCCCUGAGCACAUCCCCACCCCGGGGGCGGCCCUGUCCUGGCAGGCGGCCAUCGACGCGGCCCGGCAGGCCAAGCUGAUGGGGAGCGCGGGCAAUGCGACCAUCUCCACGGUCAGCUCCACGCAGCGGAAGCGGCAGCAGUAUGGAAAACCCAAGAAGCAGGGCAGCACCACUGCCACACGCCCGCCUCGCGCCCUGCUCUGCCUGACUCUGAAGAACCCCAUCCGGAGGGCGUGUAUCAGCAUUGUCGAAUGGAAAUAUCCUUUACCAUUUGAAAUCAUUAUUUUACUGACUAUUUUUGCCAAUUGUGUGGCCUUAGCGAUCUACAUCCCCUUUCCAGAAGAUGACUCCAACGCCACCAAUUCCAACCUGGAACGAGUGGAAUAUCUCUUUCUCAUCAUUUUUACUGUGGAAGCAUUUUUAAAAGUAAUAGCCUAUGGACUUCUCUUUCACCCCAACGCUUACCUCCGCAACGGUUGGAAUUUACUAGAUUUUAUAAUUGUGGUUGUAGGGCUUUUUAGUGCAAUUUUAGAACAAGCGACCAAAGCUGACGGGGCGAAUGCUCUCGGAGGGAAGGGGGCCGGCUUCGACGUGAAGGCGCUCAGGGCGUUCCGCGUGCUGCGCCCCCUGCGGCUGGUGUCUGGAGUCCCGAGUCUCCAGGUGGUUCUGAACUCCAUCAUCAAGGCCAUGGUCCCCCUGCUGCAUAUCGCCCUGCUGGUGCUGUUCGUCAUCAUCAUCUACGCCAUCAUUGGCCUGGAGCUCUUCAUGGGGAAGAUGCACAAGACCUGCUACAACCAGGAGGGGAUAGCAGACGUUCCAGCAGAAGAUGACCCCUCCCCUUGUGCUCUGGAGACGGGCCACGGCCGGCAGUGUCAGAACGGCACCGUGUGCAAAACCGGGUGGGACGGGCCCAGGCACGGCAUCACCAACUUCGACAAUUUCGCCUUCGCCAUGCUGACGGUGUUCCAGUGCAUCACCAUGGAGGGCUGGACAGACGUGCUGUACUGGGUCAAUGAUGCCGUAGGAAGGGACUGGCCCUGGAUCUAUUUUGUUACACUAAUCAUCAUAGGGUCAUUUUUUGUACUUAACUUGGUUCUCGGUGUCCUUAGCGGAGAGUUCUCCAAAGAGAGGGAGAAGGCCAAGGCUCGGGGAGAUUUCCAAAAGCUGCGAGAGAAGCAGCAGCUGGAAGAGGACUUGAAAGGCUACCUGGACUGGAUCACCCAGGCGGAAGACAUCGACCCCGAGAACGAGGACGAAGGCAUGGACGAGGAGAAACCCCGAAACAUGAGCAUGCCCACCAGUGAGACGGAGUCUGUCAACACGGAGAACGUGGCUGGCGGAGACAUCGAGGGAGAGAACUGCGGGGCCAGGCUGGCCCACCGGAUCUCCAAGUCCAAGUUCAGUCGCUACUGGCGCCGGUGGAAUCGGUUCUGCAGAAGGAAGUGUCGCGCGGCAGUCAAGUCCAACAUCUUCUACUGGCUGGUGAUUUUCCUGGUGUUUCUCAACACGCUCACCAUCGCCUCGGAGCAUUACAACCAGCCCCACUGGCUCACAGAAGUGCAAGACACGGCCAACAAGGCCCUCCUGGCCCUUUUCACGGCGGAGAUGCUGCUGAAGAUGUACAGCCUGGGCCUGCAGGCCUACUUCGUGUCCCUGUUCAACCGCUUCGACUGCUUCAUCGUGUGCGGGGGCAUCCUGGAGACCAUCCUGGUGGAGACCAAGGUCAUGUCGCCCCUGGGCAUCUCUGUGCUGAGAUGCGUUCGGCUCCUGCGGAUAUUUAAAAUCACCAGGUACUGGAACUCCUUAAGCAACCUGGUGGCAUCCUUGCUGAACUCCGUGCGCUCCAUCGCCUCCCUGCUGCUGCUCCUCUUCCUCUUCAUCAUCAUCUUCUCCCUCCUGGGGAUGCAGCUCUUUGGAGGAAAGUUCAACUUUGAUGAGAUGCAGACCCGGAGGAGCACGUUUGAUAACUUCCCCCAGUCCCUCCUCACCGUGUUCCAGAUCCUGACCGGGGAGGACUGGAAUUCGGUGAUGUAUGAUGGGAUCAUGGCUUAUGGCGGCCCCUCUUUUCCAGGGAUGUUAGUCUGUAUUUACUUCAUCAUCCUCUUCAUCUGUGGAAACUAUAUCCUACUGAAUGUGUUCUUGGCCAUUGCCGUGGACAACCUGGCCGAUGCCGAGAGCCUCACGUCUGCCCAGAAGGAGGAAGAAGAGGAGAAGGAGAGGAAGAAGCUGGCCAGGACUGCCAGCCCAGAGAAGAAACAGGAGGUGGUGGAGAAGCCAGCCGUGGAGGAGACCAAGGAGGAGAAAAUCGAGCUGAAAUCCAUCACAGCUGACGGAGAGUCCCCGCCCACCACCAAGAUCAACAUGGAUGACCUCCAGCCCAAUGAAAACGAGGAUAAGAGUGUCUACCCCAACCCAGAAACUACAGGAGAAGAGGAUGAGGAGGAGCCUGAGAUGCCGGUGGGCCCACGCCCACGCCCCCUCUCGGAGCUGCACCUUAAGGAGAAGGCAGUGCCCAUGCCCGAAGCCAGCGCGUUCUUCAUCUUCAGCCCCAACAACAGGUUUCGCCUCCAGUGCCACCGCAUUGUCAAUGACACCAUCUUCACCAACCUGAUCCUCUUCUUCAUUCUGCUCAGCAGCAUCUCGCUGGCUGCCGAGGACCCCGUCCAGCACACCUCCUUCAGGAACCACAUUCUGUUUUAUUUUGACAUUGUUUUUACUACCAUUUUCACCAUUGAAAUUGCUCUGAAGAUCCUAGGCAAUGCAGACUAUGUCUUCACUAGUAUCUUUACAUUAGAAAUUAUCCUUAAGAUGACCGCUUACGGGGCUUUCCUGCACAAGGGCUCCUUCUGCCGGAACUACUUCAACAUCUUGGACCUGCUGGUGGUCAGCGUGUCUCUCAUCUCCUUUGGCAUCCAGUCCAGUGCAAUCAACGUCGUAAAGAUCUUGCGAGUUCUGCGCGUGCUCAGGCCCCUGAGAGCCAUCAACAGAGCCAAGGGACUGAAGCACGUGGUCCAGUGUGUGUUCGUCGCCAUCCGCACCAUCGGGAACAUCGUGAUUGUCACCACGCUGCUGCAGUUCAUGUUCGCCUGCAUCGGGGUCCAGCUCUUCAAGGGAAAGCUCUACACCUGUUCGGACAGUUCCAAGCAGACCGAGGCCGAGUGCAAGGGUAACUACAUCACAUACAAGGACGGGGAGGUUGACCACCCCAUCAUCCAGCCUCGCAACUGGGAGAACAGCAAGUUCGACUUUGACAACGUCCUGGCAGCCAUGAUGGCGCUCUUCACUGUCUCCACCUUUGAGGGGUGGCCAGAGCUGCUGUACCGCUCCAUCGACUCCCACACGGAAGACAAGGGCCCCAUCUACAACUACCGCGUGGAGAUCUCCAUCUUCUUCAUCAUCUACAUCAUCAUCAUCGCCUUCUUCAUGAUGAACAUCUUCGUGGGUUUCGUCAUCGUCACCUUCCAGGAGCAGGGAGAGCAGGAGUACAAGAACUGUGAGCUGGACAAGAACCAGCGACAGUGUGUGGAAUAUGCCCUCAAGGCCCGGCCCCUGCGGAGGUACAUCCCCAAGAACCAGCACCAGUACAAAGUGUGGUACGUUGUCAACUCCACCUACUUUGAGUACCUGAUGUUCGUCCUCAUCCUGCUCAACACCAUCUGCCUGGCCAUGCAGCACUACGGUCAGAGCUGCCUGUUUAAAAACGCCAUGAACAUCCUCAACAUGCUCUUCACCGGCCUCUUCACUGUGGAGAUGAUUCUGAAGCUCAUUGCCUUUAAGCCCAAGGGUUACUUUAGUGAUCCCUGGAAUGUUUUUGACUUCCUCAUCGUAAUUGGCAGCAUAAUUGACGUCAUUCUCAGUGAAACUAAUCACUAUUUCUGUGAUGCAUGGAAUACGUUUGACGCCUUGAUUGUUGUGGGUAGCAUUGUUGAUAUAGCAAUCACCGAGGUAAACCCAGCUGAACAUAGCCAAUGCUCUUCCUUAAUGACCACGGAGGAGAACUCCCGCAUCUCCAUCACCUUCUUCCGCCUCUUCCGGGUCAUGCGCCUGGUCAAGCUGCUGAGCCGAGGGGAGGGCAUCCGGACCCUGCUGUGGACCUUCAUCAAGUCCUUCCAGGCCCUGCCCUACGUGGCCCUGCUCAUAGUGAUGCUGUUCUUCAUCUACGCGGUGAUCGGCAUGCAGGUGUUUGGGAAAAUCGCCCUGAACGACACCACAGAGAUCAACCGGAACAACAACUUUCAGACCUUCCCCCAGGCUGUGCUGCUCCUCUUCAGGUGUGCCACGGGGGAGGCGUGGCAGGACAUCAUGCUGGCCUGCAUGCCUGGGAAGAAGUGCGCCCCGGAGUCUGAGCCCCACAACAGCACGGAAGGCGAGACGCCGUGUGGCAGCAGCUUCGCGGUCUUCUACUUCAUCAGCUUCUACAUGCUCUGUGCCUUCCUGAUCAUCAACCUCUUCGUCGCUGUCAUCAUGGACAACUUUGACUACCUGACAAGGGACUGGUCAAUCCUGGGUCCCCACCAUCUGGACGAAUUUAAACGAAUCUGGGCAGAGUAUGACCCUGAAGCCAAGGGUCGAAUCAAACACCUGGACGUGGUGACCCUGCUCCGGCGGAUUCAGCCCCCACUGGGUUUUGGGAAGCUGUGCCCUCACCGCGUGGCUUGCAAACGUCUGGUCUCCAUGAACAUGCCCCUGAACAGUGAUGGGACGGUCAUGUUCAAUGCCACCCUGUUCGCCCUGGUCCGGACAGCCUUGAGGAUCAAAACGGAAGGGAACCUGGAGCAGGCCAAUGAGGAGCUGCGCGCCAUAAUCAAGAAGAUCUGGAAGAGGACCAGCAUGAAGCUGCUGGACCAAGUGGUGCCCCCUGCGGGUGACGACGAGGUCACGGUGGGCAAGUUUUACGCGACUUUCCUGAUCCAAGAGUAUUUCCGGAAAUUCAAGAAGCGCAAAGAGCAGGGCCUCGUGGGCAAGCCCUCCCAGAGGAACGCCUUGUCCCUGCAGGCUGGCUUGCGCACGCUGCACGACAUCGGGCCCGAGAUCCGACGGGCCAUCUCGGGGGACCUGACGGCGGAGGAGGAGCUGGACAAAGCCAUGAAGGAGGCUGUGUCUGCCGCCUCUGAAGACGACAUCUUCAGGAGGGCCGGCGGCCUGUUCGGCAACCACGUCAGCUACUACCAAAGCGACAGCCGGAGCACCUUCCCCCAGACCUUCACCACCCAGCGCCCGCUGCACAUCAACAAGGCCACCAGCAGCCCCGGCGACACCGAGUCGCCGUCCCACGAGAAACUGGUGGACUCCACCUUCACCCCCAGCAGCUACUCGUCCACUGGCUCCAACGCCAACAUCAACAAUGCCAACAACACCGCCCUGGGCCGCUUUCCCCGCCCCGCCGGCUACCCCAGCGCGGUCAGCGCCCUGGAGGGCCACGGGCCCCCCCUGUCUCCUGCCAUCCGGGUGCAGGAGGCAUCGUGGAAGCUCAGCUCCAAGAGGUGCCACUCCCGAGAGAGCCAGAUAGCCAUGGUGCGCCGGGAGGAGUUUUCUCAGGACGAGGCCUGUGCCGUGAAGACGAGCGAGGACCUGGAGUACUGCAGUGAGCCCAGCCUGGUCUCCACAGAGAAGCUGUCCUACCAGGAUGAUGAAAACCGACAACUGACACCCCCGGAGGAGGACAAGAGGGACAGCCGGCAGUCUCCGAAGAGGGGUUUCCUCCGCUCUGCCUCCCUCGGUCGAAGGGCCUCCUUCCACCUCGAAUGUCUGAAGCGACCGAAGAAUCAAGGGGGAGACAUCUCUCAGAAGACAGUCCUGCCCUUGCAUCUGGUUCAUCAUCAGGCGUUGGCAGUGGCGGGCCUGAGCCCCCUCCUCCAGAGAAGCCAUUCCCCCACCACGUUCCCCCGGCCGUGUGCCACCCCCCCGGCCACGCCCGGCGGCCGCGGCUGGACCCCGAAGCCCAUCCCCACCCUGCGGCUGGAAGGCACCGAGUCCAGCGAGAAACUCAACAGCAGCUUCCCGUCCGUGCACUGCAGCUCCUGGUCGGGGGAGCCCACGCCCUGCGGUGGGGGCAGCAGCGCCCCCCGGCGGGCCCGGCCUGUGUCCCUCACCGUGCCCAGCCAGGCCGGGGCCUGGGGCCGGCAUUUCCACGGCAGUGCCAGCAGUCUGGUGGAAGCGGUCUUGAUUUCGGAAGGACUGGGGCAGUUUGCCCAAGAUCCCAAGUUUAUCGAGGUCACAACCCAGGAGCUGGCUGACGCCUGCGACAUGACCAUAGAGGAGAUGGAGAACGCUGCUGACAACAUCCUCAGUGGGGGCACCCAGCAGAGCCCCAACGGCACCCUCCUACCUUUUGUGAACUGCAGGGACCGGGGGCAGGACAGAGCGGGGGGCAACGAGGGCGGGCCCUGUGGGCCCAGCCAGGAGUGCCGGCGGAGCCAGGAGGAGCUGCAGGACAGCCGGGCCUGCGUCAGCAGCCUGUAGGAGCUGGGCUGGGAGAUGCUGGGCUUUUUAUUUGUUUCAAUGUUCCUAAAGGGUUCGUUUCAGAAGUG